ACAGUCGGUCAGUUCUCGUAGUGCGUUCGGAUCGUUCAAAUUCAAGAAUACCAUAUCAUUUGGGAGAAAGAAAAAACACUUUAAAAGCACUCGUUAAAUCAUGAAUCACUGUGUCGUCUUCGCUGUCCUUUGCUCAUUGGUCCUGCUUGCUAGUUCUGCUCCAAGCACAUGCUACUCCAGAGUAUUAGAGUUAAGUAAAGCGAUUCAGGGGUCUCUAGUGAGAUAUAAAAGGUUUCAACGAACGAAACCCUGCUUGGAGCUGCUGCCCACCAUGUACUUCGACGUGCACAAUUCGUGCCUUUUGCCCAAACUUCGUGAUUUCCUGUAUAUUUUGGAAACUUUAACCUACCCUGACUGCAAGAAGCUUCCAAAAAUGAAAAUCUUGACGAAAAGAGUUAGAAGCCUCUUUGACAUCAUCAAUAAAAUGUGCUACAGGGAUAUAGAGCAUUACACGGAUGACUGCGAUGCACUAGAAACUGGUGAAAUAAACUACAGGCCACGAGUAGACCAGCUUCAGUUAUAUCAAGAAAGAUGAAAUGUAUUCAGUGUAAGCUGACAUUCCAUGUUGUGUAUUUUUGAUGAAACAAAAAGAUCAGUUUACUAAAUUUAGCCUUCAGACUCAGCUGCAGUGCUUCAAUGAAAUUUUCUUUAGAGCUACAGCACGGACCACAGGGAGCUAAGCUUUGUACAGGAAAUUUAACUGAAUUCCUUUCAUAAAUCAUAUGACGUCUUGGAAGGGAACAAAUAUGUCAGUUUUUAUAGGUUUUGUGUUUUUUUUUUUUAAUAUAAAAAAAAAUAAAGUAUAGUGGGAACAGGGGUUUUCUUGUAGAUAUAAAAUAGUGUUGGUCUAUAAUUGAGUAAAAUGCAUUCUUCAGCAUCUGUUACCCAUGUGAUAUUUUUGCUGUUUGACGAGUAAUAACUAUAACUGCCGUCUGUUACUGCUAUUAUGAUUUACAGUAUAUGACAGUCUGUCAAAUCUGUGCAGAAAUACUUCUAUAUUUGCCGUUCAUGUUUGUUCUUGGUAUCCUUCAGACAUACAAUAUACAUUUGGUAUGUAUGCUGUAUUUUUACUAUAAUAUCUUUCUAAAUUUUUAGUAUUUAGAUAAAUGAUUUUAUUUCAAAAGUUAAUAAAAAGGUACAAAGUAAAUAAAGCCA